AUGUUCAAGUACACCAACAUCGCAAAGCCCUUCUCUGUCCGACCACCUCACGGAGGUGUCAACUGGAUUGAGAUUCCAGCCGCUGAUGUCCAGGCACUUCGUGCCUUCUACCAAGCGGUUUUCCCGUCCUGGCAGUUCCCAAAGUCUCCUCGUCACCAAGACGACUUCAUUGCGCUCUUCAAAAUUGAGGAGCCCGUAUAUAUCGAGGGAGCCAUCGUCAAGGUGAACGAUCACACCCUGACCAGGACCAACAACGGUGCUGCCGAGUCCAUUGGCAUGGUGGUUUCGUUCAUGGUCGAUUUCAUUGAGGCGGCUCACGAGAAGAUCAUUUCAUUGGGCGGAAAGCAAGUCUUGGGCAAGACUGAUGCUCGUGGCGAUGGAUGGUUCGCCAAGUAUCUGGACCCUGCUGGUAGCGUCUUCAUGAUUUACGAAGUCGCCUUCGAAGCUGCUGCUGAGGGCAAUCAGGAAUAA